CUCUACCCCGUGUUUUCCCUCCCACCUAAGCUGAUCACCGGCUCAACCUCUUUCCUUGUCAACGCCUUCCUUCCUCUUUGUGCCUUGUUGCAUAUAAUUCGGGCGCGACUUACUUCUAUUUAGGGGAGCCCUAUUACUGGGUUUGGCUUGGUCUUUUAUUCAUGACCCCCCUCUUUAAUUUGCACCACAUCCGCUCCUUUUAGCCUUUUUUUUUUCGUGGCCCCCAACCUCCUCUGGUUAUCCGCAAUCCUUAAAUUCCCAUCUAGCACCAAAAGUCUACAGACUUAUUUAGGAAAAGAUCUACUUCAGCAAGUUAUUUCACCUACCUUACCUAGAUAUAAGCAUAAAAAAAGGCUUUCCCCCCAAGAAACAACAGCACAAAGAAGGAUGGACAAAACGGAACUGGGCGCCGCCGGCGUCCACCCGGUCACUUCCAAUGCGGCCGGCAGCCAGGAAAAGGUGACGAUCCAAGAGGACAACAAGCGCGGCGAGGACUGGUACACCCGAAAUGGCCUCAACCUCAGGUCCUUCCAGCGGCGCGAUGAGGAUAGCGGCACUGGCACCGCCGAAUUGGACCGUACCAUGAAGGGUCGCCACCUGCACAUGAUUGCCAUAGGUGGUUCUAUCGGUGCGGGUUUCUUUGUCGGUUCCGGAGGCGCCCUCGGCAGUGGUGGCCCUGGAUCUCUCCUCAUCAACUUCCUCAUCAUCGGUGUCAUGAUGUUCAACGUCGUCUACGCCCUUGGUGAACUCUCCAUCAUGUACCCUGUCUCCGGUGGCUUCUACACUUACUCUGCUCGCUUCAUCGACCCGUCGUGGGGUUUUGCCAUGGGUUGGAACUACGUUUUCCAGUGGGCAAUCGUCCUGCCCCUGGAACUGACGGUCUGCGGUAUCACCAUAUCCUACUGGAACGAUAGUAUCAGCGUCGGCGUGUGGAUCACGGUGUUCUGGCUUGCCAUCCUCAUCAUCAACAUCUUUGGAACGCUUGGUUACGCAGAGGAGGAGUUCGCAUCGUCGGCAUUCAAGCUGCUCGCCACCUGCAUCUUCCUCGUCAUCGCCUUCGUCCUCGUCCUCGGCGGUGGUCCCAAGGAUGGUCGCUACAACGAAUACUGGGGUGCCCGCCUGUGGGUGGACCCUGGCCCAUUCCAGAACGGCUUCCGCGGUUUCUGCAGCGUGUUUGUCACGGCGGCUUUUGCUUUCAGCGGAACCGAGCUGGUUGGUUUGGCCGCUGCUGAGGCGCGCAACCCCGUCAAGGAGAUGCCUGGUGCUAUCAAGCAGGUCUUCUGGCGUAUCACACUCUUUUACAUCCUCGGUCUCUUCUUCGUCGGUCUCCUCAUCGACGCUCGUGACCCCAACCUUCUCGGAUCCUCGUCCCACGAUGUGCACGCCUCGCCCUUUGUCCUCGUCGGCAAGUACGCCGGCCUCAAGGGAUUCGAUCACUUCAUGAACAUUACCAUUCUCGUGUCGGUUCUUUCCAUCGGAGUGUCGGCUGUCUACGGUGGCUCCCGUACCCUCACUGCCCUUUCUCAACAGGGCUACGCCCCCAAGAUCUUCUCCUACAUCGACCGCUCCGGCCGUCCCCUCUACUCGGUGGGCAUCAUUCUCGUCUUUGGUCUGCUGGCCUACGUCAACCUUAACGCGCAAGGCGAGGUUGUGUUCAACUGGCUCCUCUCGCUGUCUUCGCUGGCCGCUCUGUUCACCUGGGGCUCCAUCUGCCUCGCCCACAUCCGCUUCCGCAAGGCCUGGGCCCACAACGGCCACACCACCGACGAGAUCCCCUUCAAGGCCAUCGGCGGCGUCUGGGGCUCGUACCUUGGACUGACGCUUAACAUUCUCGUCCUUGCAGCUCAGAUCUUUGCCGCCAUCGCCCCUCCCCCCAAGGCCGGCGAGGAGCCCACCUUCAGCGACGCCGAGGGCUUCUUCAGCGCCAUGCUUGCCCUCCCCAUCGUCAUCCUGUUCUGGAUCAUCGGCUACUUGUGGAAGCGCGAGGGUUGGCUCAAGACGGAGCAGAUCGACGUCGACUCGGGACGCCGUGAGCUGCCGUGGGAUGAGAUCAAUGCUUACCGUGCCGAGCUCGCGGCCAUGCCGGCGUGGAAGCGCAUUGUGCACACCGUUUUCGUCUAAGAUGCUCCUUAAUUCGGGGGUAGUUUGAGGACAAAAACGCGGUGUUGUGCAGAGAACAAAAAGAUUAUAGAAUAAAGGGGUAAACCCUAGUUGCUGCAUUUUGUAGACUGGAUUUGGUGGGAGGCUUUUUUUGGGUAACAUCCUUUGUAGAUAUCCAUUUAAUGAAUGAUUACCCUGUUGCAAACA